ACACCCACAGCAUGCUCUCUCCCUAUAGGCACGGCCUCCGCCGUGUGGUCCAGCGGGGAAGGCUCCCUCUGUCUCUCUUGUCUCUUGGCAGGCUUGACUCGGUCUCUGAGUGUCUGUCUCCAAGGCUCAGUCUGUGUAUCUGUCUCCUGUGGCCUCUCCCUGUGCAUCCAUCAUCUAUCCUUCGUCUGUCUCUCUGUGAACUUAGUUCUGUUUCUCUUUGCAGUUCUCACCGCCCUCUGAAGUUCUCUGUCCCAUUUUCCGUCCUCUCACUCUGAUCCCUCACUACUUUCACCUUCCUAGGGAGCCAUCUCCCUCUCUUAUCCUUCUUGGGUCCCCCAGAUCUCCCGUUUCUAUCUUCUGCUGGGCGGACGGGGACGCCUAGUCUUCGCCUCUUCUUCUGCUUGAGCUCCUGCAGCGACUUUGGUUCGCGGGCGCCACCGUGUGGCCAAUAGGGAGUCCUUGAUGGCGGCGAGGCAAGCAAGCGAUGCUGUGGUCUGGAUGCGACGUCCAGAGGUGGUGCGACCCACGCCAGUGUAAGGGCACGCCUCAGAGGUGGUGUGGGACGCCAGCAGAUGAUGUGUGACUGUGUGACAAGCGAGACUGUGGGCCACUGUGUAUGGCAUUGGACCUGAGAGAGGACCUGCCUGGAGACUGUUCGCAAUGGAGCGCUUGGCAGUGAGGCUGAACCAGUAUGUGGUUGUGUGAGACUCCAAGACAGUGUGAAUGCGAACUUCAGGAGAAGUUAAAGCUGCACUGCCUCCCAUCCUGUGUAUCCAUCCCUCCUUCCUUUCCCAGCCCCUCUGCUCUUCCUCCAGCAGCCUCUUGAUACCUCCAUCCGUGCACCCCUCCAUCCUGUCUUCUUGAGUCGUCAUCCUUUCCUCUACCUGUCUCUGGGAUCCCAUUCACUCAUAGUCCCAACCACGUCUCCUGUUACUGACUGGGUCACGCCACCUCUUCUCGCUACUCCCCGGGGGAUCCAAGAGUGUUCCAGCCCCCAGUCCACACUCCUGCCAGACAUUUAACCCCUUUCCUGCUGCAGCCAUGUCCAACAACAUGGCCAAGAUUGCUGAGGCCCGCAAGACCGUGGAGCAGCUGAAGCUGGAAGUGAACAUCGAUCGCAUGAAGGUGUCGCAGGCAGCAGCCGAGCUUUUGGCUUUCUGCGAAACGCACGCUAAGGAUGACCCACUGGUGACUCCUGUCCCUGCCGCCGAGAAUCCCUUCCGCGACAAGCGACUCUUUUGCACCCUGCUCUGAGCCCUCAAGACAGCUUUAUCCUCCCCCGCAGAAGUAUGAAUCCAAUAAACUUGGUGACCUGGUGGUGCCUGCA